GGAACCCCAGCCAGCUCCUGCCCCGCCUGCCGGGCACUCCUCACGCCCCACGGAGCCCCCUGUCCACGCCAGGCUCUCUGGGUCCCGGGUAAACAUUAGCUGGCACUGUUAAUGUUUAAUGCCCCCACCUCAUCCCGGCCAUCCUGCGGCCGCCCGGCAAUCUCCGGGCAGAGGCGGCGGGCGGAGGCAGCAGGAUCCAGUCCAGUCUACGGGGCAAUGGCAGGGGUGCCCACGGCCGAGGGUGGCAGCCCUGGGGGGGACGUGGACCCGUUCCACUACGACUACGAGGCCGUCCGCAAAGGGGGCCUGAUCUUCGCCGGCCUGGCCUUCGUGGUGGGACUCAUCAUCAUCCUCAGCAAAAGGCUGCGCUGCGGGGGCAAAAGGAAGCACCGGCCGGGCGCCGACGAGGAGCUGUGAUGGCAGAAUCGGCCAGGCCACCACCACCGCCGCAGGCCCCUGUCCCCGGCGGGGCCAGGCCCUCGGGCUGAAGGGAGCACCGGGCUUCGUGGAAACCCUGGACGGCCCCCUCCCCGCAGUGCCGCCUUUUCCUAAUAAUAAAGCUGAGCUCAGACAUGG